ACAGCGACGGCUCUGUGGCGGAGUCUAUGGCCGAGGCGGUGAGGCCCCAGCGCCGGGCCAAGGCCAAGUCCAGCCGGACUAAACCCAAGGAAAAGAAGAAAUAUGAAACCCCGCAGAGGGAAGAGUUUGAUGAAAUUUCCCUUCCAAAAACCUCCAGAGAGCAGGAAGUCCCUUCUCCAUCCUGUGAAUUCAAAGGAGACCAUUUGAAGGCGUUAACUGAUUCCCAUCUCCAGAAUAAUGCCGGUGGCCAAAAUGAAAGUGAAAUGUUUGAUGUACCACUCACCUCCUUAACUAUAAGCAAUGAAGGGUCACUAAUGUGUAACCCAGAGCCCCUGAAGGAAGGGGGAGAGGAGGACAGUGUAGUCAUGGCCAACGUUGACCCUGGAGGCAGUGUUGGAACUGCAGUUGAAACCCUGAAGAACUUUACAGAGGUGGAAGAAAAUAAGUUGGUACAAGGUGGACUACCAGAAAGCACACUUCAAUCUAGUUUUUCACAUACUCAGCAGGAAAUGGGAAACUUACAAGUUAGAGAACUUCAGUAUGGGAAAGAAGACAAACAAGCCUUGGGUGUUUCUUCAGAGGUGCUACAAAGUGUUGGCUUGCAGGGUUUUUGUGAAGCCAAACCCGUUUCUAAGCCACCGAGAGUGAAGAAACUCUAUCCCCAGUUGCCAGCAGAAAUUGCUGGAGAAGUACCAGCUUUGGUGGCAGUGAAACCCUUGCUUCGCAGUGAGCGACUCUACCCAGAACUCCCAUCUCAGCCAGAACUAGUACCGUUUACUAAAGAGCAGCUAAAAAUCUUGGAGCCUGGCUCAUGGCUAGAAAAUGUUGAGUCAUAUUUGGAAGAAUUUGACAGCAUGGCUCAUCAGGACAGGCAUGAAUUUUAUGAGUUGCUUUUGAACUACUCACGAUGUAGGAAGCAACUGCUGCUGGCUGAGGCAGAGCUCCUUACUUUGACGUCUGAUUGCCAAAAUGCUAAAAGUCGGCUAUGGCACUUUAAGGAGGAACAAAUGCUGAUACAGGGUGUCUGUGCAGAUCAAGUGAAAGUUUCUGGUUAUCAUCGCUACCAACGAGUAGAGAUGAAUGAAAAUGCACUGGGGGAGCUAAAGAAGCUAUUUGAUGCGAAAUCUGAGCACCUCCACCAGACUCUGGCCCUGCAUUCUUACACUUCUGUGCUCUCAAGAUUGCAAGUGGAGUCUUUUAUCUAUGCAUUACUCAAUAGUUCGCCUGUUCUAAGAUCUUUAGCAAUCCAUCAACAAGGCCAAGCUUCUAAACAGACAGAAAGCAUUCCCUCUGAUCUGUGUCAACUAAAGGAGUGCAUUAGUGUCUUAUUCAUGUUCACCAGGAGAGUUAAUGAAGAUACGCAGUUUCAUGAUGAUAUUCUUCUCUGGCUGCAGAAAUUGGUAUCAGUGCUACAAAGAGUUGGCUGUCCUGGAGAUCACCUCUUCCUUCUAAACCAUAUUCUUCGAUGUCCAGCUGGUGUUAGUAAAUGGGCUGUUCCCUUCAUCCAGAUCAAGGUGUUGAAUAACCCCUCAGGGGUCUUUCAUUUUAUGCAGUCCCUUGCCCUGCUGAUGUCUCCUGUCAGAAAUCGAGCCGAGUUUAUGUGCCACAUGAAGCCCAGUGAGCGGAGGGCAUCUUCCUCGGGGCCUGGGUCUGGGACCUGGACGCUAGUAGAUGAGGGAGGAGAAGAGGAUGAAGACUCUGAGACCAGUUGGUUUCUCCUUAAUGAAGAUGACUUGGUUAUCCUUUUAGCACAGUUCCCGUUUCAUGAACUCUUUCAACAUCUUCUUGGCUUUAAAGCAAAAGGUGAUUAUUUACCUGAAACAACAAGACCUCAGGAGAUGAUGAAAAUUUUUGCCUUUGCCAACUCAUUGGUGGAACUUCUGGCUGUGGGGUUAGAAACCUUUAACAGAGCGCGUUAUAGGCAGUUUGUGAAACAGAUUGGUUAUAUGAUCAGGAUGACCCUUGGUUAUGUUAGUGACCAUUGGGCACAGUAUGUGAACUAUAACCGAGGCUCGGGAUUGGCCCUGCAGCCCUACUCAAUGGAGAAACUACAGGUUGAAUUUGAUGAGCUGUUUUUGAGGGCUGUCCUACAUGUACUGAAAGCUAAAAGACUCGGCAUUUGGCUGUUCAUGUCUGAAAUGCCCUUUGGGACGCUGUCGGUCCCUAUGCUCUGGAAGCUCUUCUACCUCAUGCACCAGGUGGAGAGUGGGCGCCUGCAGCAGCUCUGCUCUGGCCUGCAGCCUGCAGAGUGCAAGCGGCAGCUCCAAGACCCAGAACAUUUUGCGAACUUUGAGAAGUGUCUUUCUUCUAUGAAUAGCUCUGAAGAGAUUUGCCUUCUGACUACCUUUGCUCAGAUGGCUCAGGCUAGAAGAACAGACAUGGAUGAGGACUUCAUCAAAAUUAUUGUUCUGGAGAUAUAUGAGGUAUCUUAUGUCACCUUGUCCACCAGAGAGACUUUUUCAAAGGUUGGUCGAGAGCUUUUAGGGGCCAUCACAGCUGUUCAUCCUGAGAUAAUUUCUGUCCUUUUAGAUAGAGUUCAAGAGACCAUUGACCAAGUUGGAAUGGUUUCCCUCUACUUGUUUAAAGAACUGCCUUUGUAUCUUUGGCAACCUUCUGUCUCUGAGAUAGCUGUGAUACGGGAUUGGUUAUUGAAUUACAACCUGACAGAGGUGAAGAAUAAACUGGCUUGUGUUAUUCUGGAAGGACUGAAUUGGGGAUUUGCUGAACAGGGUACCCUGCAUCUGGAUCAAGGAGUCCAUGCUGAAGUGGCUUUGAUGGUUCUUGAAGCUUAUCAGAAGUACCUUGCACAGAAACCAUAUGCUGGGCUUCUUUCUGAAAGUAUGAAGCAGGUUUCAUAUUUGGCCAGUAUUGUUCGAUAUGGAGAGACACCCGAGACCUCAUUUAACCAAUGGGCCUGGAAUUUGAUCUUGAGGUUAAAACUGCACAAAAACGAUUAUGGAAUACAGCAGAGUUGUCCAGUUGUUCCCUUCCCCAGGACUGUGCCUGACAUGACAGACUCACCCACGUUUCAUCCUCUCUUGAAGGCUGUGAAAGCGGGCAUGCCCAUUGGCUGUUAUCUAGCCUUAUCUAUGACGGAUGUGGGCCACAGUGUUGUGAAGUUCUGUGCAGAAGGCAUCUCACUGUUGGGGAUUCUGGUCCAGUCGAGGCAUUUGAGAACAGUGGUCCAUGUUCUGGAUAAGAUUCUGCCUUUGUUCUACUCUUGCCAGUGUUACCUUCUGAAGAAUGAGCAGUUUUUGUCUCACCUCCUCCUGUUCCUGCACUUGGACAGUGGCGUGCCUCAGGGUGUCACACAGCAGGUUACCCACAAGGUGACGCAGCACCUGACGGGGGCCAGCCAUGGGGACAAUGUGAAGCUUCUCAACAGCAUGAUCCAGGCACACAUAUCUGUAAGCACUCAGCCCAAUGCAGUGGGGCCUGUUGCGGUGUUGGAGUUCUGGGUUCAGGCUCUCAUAAGCCAACACCUUUGGUACCGAGAACAACCUAUCCUCUUCCUCAUGGACCACUUGUGUAAAACAGCUUUUCAGCUGAUGCAGGAAGACUGUGUGCAGAAAUUACUCUACCAGCAACAUAAGAAUGCUUUGGGUUACCACUGUGACCGGAGUCUGCUCUCUUCUUUGGUGAGCUGGAUCGUGGCAGGCAACAUAACCCCCUCCUUCGUGGAGGGCUUGGCUACACCCACUCAGGUCUGGUUUGCCUGGACAGUACUGAACAUGGAAUCUAUCUUUGAAGAAGACUCCCAGCUUCGAAGAGUGGUUGAAGGGGAAUUGGUUAUAAAUUCUGCUUUCACCCCUGACCAAGCUCUGAAGAAAGCCCAGGCCCAGCUGAAGCUUCCCAUUGUGCCGUCUCUCCAGAGACUGCUGAUUUAUCGCUGGGCCCACCAGGCCCUGGUCACGCCUUCUGAUCACCCACUCCUGCCACUCAUUUGGCAGAAGUUCUUCCUUCUGUAUCUUCACCGCCCGGGACCGCAAUAUGGGUUACCCAUAGAUGGUUGUAUUGGAAGAAGAUUUUUUCAAAGUCCUGCUCAUAUCAAUUUGUUGAAAGAAAUGAAGAGACGUCUGACAGAGGUGGCUGACUUCCACCACACUGCAAGCAAGGCCCUUCGCGUUCCAGCAGAGGGCAGUGAAGGGCUGCCAGAGAGCCAGGCUGGCACCCCAGCUUACCUAACUUCACCAGAACUGCACACGGAGCUGGUGAGGCUCUUCAAUGUAUAUAUAUUAUGGCUAGAAGAUGAGAAUUUUCAAAAAGGAGAUACCUAUAUCCCUUCUUUACCAAAGCAAUAUGAUAUUCACAGGCUAGCAAAAGUGAUGCAGAAUCAGCAGGAUCUGUGGUUAGAGUAUUUGAACAUGGAGCGCAUUUAUCAUGAGUUUCAGGAAACAGUUGGUCUGUGGAUGCAGGCCAAGCUUGAGUCCCAUUCCACACCCUGCAGUUUGUCAGUGCAGCUGGACUUUACUGAUCCUCUGUUGGCUAAAGGAAGGGUUUUGAGUAACUUGCGGAAGCAUGAGGCUCCCCAGCCUGCCCUUACUCUGCAGCCGAUGAGGCCUCCUGUCCCAGUCAUUUCCUCGGCUGUGCUCCUGAGCCAGGAGGAUGCCGCCCAGCUGGUGUGCGCAGACCUGAAUCUGUUACAGCAGCAGGCCCGAACUGCAGCUCUUCGAGAAUCUCAGCAGGUGGCUUUGGAUGGUGAGCUGUUGGACACAAUGCCCAAACAGUACAUUAAUCGAGAGGAACAGACCACACUGCAGUUGGAGUGCAGAGGCAGUGGUGGUAAGAAAUGCCAAGGCGCUGUGGUUGUAACAGUUCAGUUUGAAGGCAUGCAUAAGAAUGAAGCAAUAAGCCAACAGCUCCAUAGUUUGCGGAAAGAAGUAAAGCAAUUGCAAACAGAAGCUGCUAAACCGCCAUCACUUCAUGUUGUGGAGGCUGCUGUGCAUGCAGAAAACUUGAUCACGGCCUUAGUAAAUGCCUACAAGUUGCAGCCUACACCUGGGGUUCAGAAAGUUGGCAUUAGCCUUUUCUUCACUGUUGUGGAUUAUGUCAGUGAUGAGACACAGCGUCAUCCUCCCACCAGGCAGUUCUUUACUUCAUGCAUUGAGAUCUUGGGACAGGUGUUUAUCAGUGACACUAAAUCUGAGUGCAAAAAAGUGCUUCAGACCAUUCUGAAGAAUAGAAGGCUCUGCUCUCUGUUGUCUCCUUUUUUCACUCCCAAUGCUGCCCCUGCAGAGUUCAUACGGUUGUAUGAGAAAGUGGUGAAGUUUUUAAGUGAAGACAACAGUGAUAUGAUUUUCAUGCUUCUAACCAAGUUCGAUCUUAAGCAAUGGUUAAACGCCACUAAACCUCCUCUGUCUGAUCGUACCAGGCUGCUGGAGUCCAUUCAUUUGGCACUUACUGCCUGGGGCCUUGAACCAGAUGAGGAUAUUUUGAUGCCAUUUAAUCUUUUUUGUAAGCACUGGACCUAUCUUCUUCUCUACCAGUUCCCUGACCAGUACAGUGACAUUCUCAGGCUGCUGAUGCAAAGCUCUGCAGAGCAGCUGCUGAGCCCCGAGUGUUGGAAAGCCACUCUGAGAGCCCUGGGCUGCUGCGCCCCCAGCUGCCAGCAGGGGGCAGCUUCUGCUGAGAGCACCGCACUUGCAAGCUCUUCCGAUGCUCUCUUGUCAGACAAGCAGGUAGUAGAGACUAUUCAGUGGCUUUCAGACUUUUUUUAUAAGCUUCGGUUAUCCAAGUUGGACUUUAAAAGCUUUGGUUUAUUCUCAAAAUGGAGUCCUUACAUGGCUGAUGUGAAGACACUCUUGGGCUAUCUCGUGAGAAGGCUGAUUGACUCAGAAAUGGCCUGUUUGGCCCAAGACCCAUCUGCCAGCAGCAAAACAGUGCUGAGAUCUCUACAUUCAGUAAUCAUUCAGCUCUUUAAGCCAUGGAUUCUGGUUUUAGAGGACAAUGAAAGCCAACAACGACAUUACCCUUGGCUGGAGAGUGAUGCGGUGGUGGCCUCAAGCAUUGUGCAGUUGUUCACCGACUGUAUUGACUUACUACACGAGAGUUUCAAAGAUAGGCUGUUGCAAGGUGAUGGAGCACUUCGGUUACACCUGAUGCAUUAUUGUGAAGCAUGUACCACACCCAAAAUGCCAGAGUUCAUUCUGUACACUUUUCAUAGUGCAUACCGGAAACUCCAGUGGAAGGACCUGCAACCUGACCAGAUGCUCAUGGAGGCCUUCUUCAAAGUGGAACGAGGGAGCCCCAAGAGCUGUUUCAUAUUUUUGGGGUCUACACUCUGUGAAGUCAACUGGGUCAGUGUGCUUGCUGAUGCCUGGAAUCCUAGUCCUCACCCGGAAACCCAGAGCAUGAUUGUCUGCCUUCUUUUCAUGAUGAUUUUAUUGGCAAAGGAAGUCCAGUUAGUAGACCAAGCAGAUUCACCUUUACUUAGUCUCCUUGGACAGACAAGCUCGCUGUCAUGGCAUCUUGUGGAUAUUGUGUCAUACCAGAGUGUGCUAAGUUAUUUCAGCAGUCAUUACCCACCAUCUAUCAUUUUAGCAAAGGAAUCUUCUGCUGAAUUAAUUGUGAAGCUCCUGAAAGUAUCUGCAGGCCUUGCCAUUCCUACUGACAGCCAGAAGCAUCUUGAUGCAGUUCCAAAAUGCCGAGCUUUUACUCACCAGAUGGUUCAAUUUCUCAGCACCCUGGAACAAAAUGGAAAAAUCUCCUUAGCCGUCUUAGAACAGGAAAUGUCUAAACUCUUAGAUGAUAUCAUUGUCUUUAACCCGCCUGACACGGACAGCCAAGCCCGCCACAUGGCCCUCAGCAACCUCUUUACGGAAGUCCUCAUGAUGCUGAACAAUGCAACUGUGCCCACGGCAGAGUUCCUCCAGGGCAGCAUCCGGAACUGGAUUGACCAAAAACUGCAUGGGCUAGUGGUACUGCCCCUUUUAACCGCAGCCUGCCAGAGCCUGGCUUCUGUCCGCCACAUGGCCGAGACUGCAGAAGCCUGCAUCACUGCCUACUUCAAAGAAAGCUCCCUCAAUCAAAAUUUAGGAUGGGGCCCCAUUCUGGUGUCCCUUCAAGUUCCUGAGCUCACCAUAGAAGAAUUUCUGCAGGAGUGCCUAGCUUUCGGUAGUUACCUGACUCUUUAUGUCUACCUGCUGCAGCGUUUAAACAGUGAGCAAACUCUAAGAAAUGAAAUGAAAGUGCUGCUCAUCUUAAGCAAGUGGUUGGAACAGGUGUAUCCAAGCUCUGUACAGGAAGAAGCAAAGUUAUUUCUGUGGUGGCACCAAGUCUUACAACUGUCCCUGAUCCAGACAGAGCAGAAUGACUCCUUCCUGAUGGAAUCUGUCAUCCGAAUUCUGCUCAUGCUUCAGAACAGGCAGAACCUUGUGGCAGAGGAGAGACUCAGCUCUGGGAUCCUGGGGGCAAUUGGGCUGGGCCGGAAGUCACCCUUGUCUAACAGGUUCCGUGUGGUUGCCCGAGGCAUGGCUGCCUUCCUUUCAGUUCAGGUUCCUACAGAAGACCAGAUCCGUUUGAAGCCUGGCUCUGAAUUACAUCUUACCCCCAAAGCUCAGCAGGCUCUGAAUGCUCUUGAAUCCAUGACAUCAAGUAAGCAGUAUGUUGAAUACCAGGAUCAGAUAUCACAAGCUGCCCGAUUUAUUAAGCAUCCUGGCCAUUGCCUCCAAGAUGGCAAAAGCUUCCUGGCUCUUCUUGUUAACUGUCUCUAUCCAGAAGUGCAUUAUUUGGACAACAUACGAUAGUAAUACUGAGGCUCUUGAAAAUUUCCCUUGCUGUUUGUUUACAUUUAAUUUUGCUGUUGCACAAGUAACUUCGCUCAGUUUCACCACAGAGCUCAGUUUGGCCAGCGAGUGUUGACCGAGGUGCAAGUCUAGAGGCAUUAGAUAAUUCUGUGGUUGUGUGUGUGUUUUCUUAGCUCUUAAAAUUUUAUGGGGACUUUGUAGUUUUUAAUGUUCAUUCACAACGAGAAACUUAACUCAGUUCCACUUGGGUACAGCCACUCACAGUUGCCAAAUCACAGUCCCAGUCAUCUCACAAGACCUCUAGAUGGAGUUCUUUGUAUGUCUCCCCGUCUGUCUCCCUGUUUUAUUUAAAUGUUAAGACUCCUGUCCAGAUCUGAUGACUCUGGAAGUUGUGUAGAACCAUCACUUUUGAACCCUGUUUCUGUUCCUCCAAAGUAAAAAAAAAAAAACAACUUUGAAAACUUCUACACUUCUUAAAUGUAGAGAAAUACGCUAGAUUUAACAUAUUAUUUCUCUCAGAAGGGAGAUAAAGUGAGUCCUAUAAAAUAUGAUCACUUUAUCCUGAUCGUGGUGGAUAGCACAGAUGGUGACAAGUCCAUUUCCAUCCAGUCAUGUGUCUUCAUAGAGAGAGAACUCCCUAUCUGAAUUGGGGAUGCAAGCUGGGUGGUCCUGGAGGAGCAUGCUUUUUUUGCACAGGUGAAUUUUGUUGGGUCCAUGCAGUGGGAAGUACAGGCAGGGCCGAUCCAGUCACCAGCGUCCCUGCAUUCCCUCACCUUCUACCCCAGCCUCAUUCUCAUCACCUGCUCAGCCCCUGGCCACUUGACUGUCUGUUCUCUGUUUCUUUUUUCACUCCAUACAAGAACUCAAAUGAAGCCCAUGGACCUGCUGGACUGUGGACAGUGGGUCAGGCCAGAAGAACUACUGAAAUUUGGCGUUUUUAAAUAGCCACGUGCCUUCUGUUGUUCACGGUUUAUUCAUUACCAAAGCCUGUGUGUAACCUUGCCUUCUUCUGUUGCCAUCUUCUUGUUCAUGUUAUUUUCCUUAGGAAUUAACAGUUUGACUUUCAUCAUCAGAUUCAUAAUUCUGUCGCCUCGAAAUGGGCUUUGUUUGUAUAGCCUGCAUAAUGUGUCUUUGUUUACAGCUUGUCUGAAGCCCAAGAAUAUUUACCUAUAAUUGUCUAACAGCCACCAAGAGCUUUCUGUAAGGGGAUAAGCAUAUAGUUAACAGUCAUAAUCUCUUCUCAAAUGUCCUUUUGGAACUCUUCCCCCAACCUUUGGAAGUCUGUAGGCACCCCUCCUUAUUUCGGACUUCUUUCGUUGGGCGGAAGAAUCCUGCCUCACAGACAUGCUUUGCAGCUCUGACAAGAACAUACCUUUUGGGCCUCUGGGGUUUUAUGGUCACAAAGGGUCCGUCUCAGAGGGAUAUGUCUCAGCUUUUCCUGUUUUUGCUUCCCUCCACUUUCAAAAUCAGUUAUCUUGUUCUGUAUCUAGGAAAAGUUUAGAAGCUGUGGACAGCUUAAUUGGCAACAAUGAUUUUAUGACAGGAAAUAUUUUAUGUGCUGUUUUCUUUGAGGGGUUUGUAAUUAUUGAUGUCCGAGAAUGUGAAAUUUUUGACAUUAUGUACAUUUUAAAAAAUUAUGAUUAAUCUGCUAAUUUUUGAAAGUUUAUAAUAUAAUGUAUUUGAUCUAUAAAAAUUAUAUAAGAAUAAAAUCAAUCUUUGGUUGUAACUGGUAAGAAUCCCAAUUAUAGAGAUAUCACACUGUCCGGUAAAAUAUUUCAAUUGUUAAAGGUAAUGUAGAUUUUUAUGUCUCAUGCUUCUAAUUUAUUGGAGCUGUAACUUGAUAGUCAAAGAUGAUCAGUAAAAGUGCUUCCUCUUUAACUCCUUCGUGCUUAAAUUAACUUCAGAAGGUUGACUCAACUCAUAGGUUCCUGUGAGUUCCUCUCUGGGCUGAGAAAGGCUGUAAAGACACUGAGGCAGUUCAGAACAUGGCCAUGCCACUAGUCUUUGGGGAAAAAGGCAACAGAUAGGCCAGCCUACCUAUUGGCUUGCAGGGGUACUGAGCUUUUGCUUGAAAAAAUUGUUGUCCUCCAGAGAGUAUAGGGUCACUGUUGCAGAGACAGUGACAGUGCUACAUGUCAGUAUUGGGAUCAAACAAGACCAAGGCCAGCCUCCUGGGUCAGGCGGUAUAGAGGGUGAACACUGCAUGCUUCGACUUCACACGACGACCAGCACUGGCAUCAGGCUCAGAUAAGGACGUCUGACAGGUUCCUGGGAGCAGGAGGACAAAGCAUUCUGGUGACCAUGCAAAGCAUCUCUUGCUUCUCUAUUCAUCACUCGCCGCCCUGCCAUGCACAGAUGGCUCAAAGAGGCAUCACCUCCCCUCUUCACAUGGCUCCACCACCUGACCAGAACUGUGAAGGGCAGAAUGCUGGAAGGCACUGGAUGUUGAAGAAGGCAGGUCUUGCCACACGUGGCAGUGGAGCCAGGACCCAGCCAUAUUUAUUUCCAAAGCUCCAGCACACACAGGAUCUCGGCUUUGAGACAUGGCUUGUUUCUUAAUUUCACAUCAGUAUGCUGGCUCAGUCAUUAAAUGCUUCUGCUCCUCCGGGGGGUUGAGCCUGAGUCUCUCAGUUCUUUGAGGUUAGGGGAAGCCUAGUCCAGGAAAUGAAAAUCCACAGAACAGCCUAAGCUCUUUUCUUUUUUUUUGUUCUUUGUAGAUUCUUUAUUUUUAUAUUUGUUGCCUUUUUAGUCCAAUAGAGAAUAGGUGAUAACAAAUAGAAUACACUUUGCAAAAGAGUAUAGGAAGUCUCACCCUACAAAUGUGUGUGUGUGAUCUGCUAGACAUACUUAAUGUUCAAGAGCAUUCUCAUGGAUGGAAAGAACUAUGUUCUUCUAUUAAACAGUCCUGUGAUGCCACUGUCAGAGGCCAAAUACCAGAAUUCACAGCCCAUACUCAGUGUAGUCUUUCUCAAGUUAGAAGCCAAAUGACACAGAUUUUAUCAGUGUUUUAUGGGACCUUUUUUUCUUAACAAGUAUAAUCAGAAAUGCUGAUUCUUAAGACUUAACCUAAGCUCUUUUCAAUCAAGUGACAGCCUCCUUAUUCCCCCUGAUGAGUCACCAGAAUCAUUGUGUCCAUGUCAUACAAGUUACGAGUGAACCUAUCCUCCUUCCUUUUGAAUGAAGGUCAUGUGUAAGUUUUCACUUAAAUUUUUUAGGUGGUGAAGUCUCACUCCAUCACCCAGCCUGGAGUGCAGUGCAGUCUCUGAUCUCAUGGCCUCAAGCAGUCCUCCCAGCUCAGCCUCUUGAGUACCUAGUACUAUAAGUGUGGACCACCAUGUCUGGCCUUCACUGGGUUUUUAUUCCUGAAAUUAAUUUAUUCUAGGGCAGGAAGCAAAUGUUUGCGAAUCAGAGACUUAGAAAGAUCAUUAAAGCUCACCUACUCCCACUGCUGGGAGUCUUUCGGCCUCUCCUCUGCUGUGCCCAGUGCCUGGCAGUUCGGCCCUGCUGGGGAAGUCCAGACUGCCUUGGUGGCUGUGUUUGUACUUCUACUUUAUAUUGCGCCCAGAUACCUCCUGGUAGUAGUGCCUGUUGCUUGUGGGCCUGCUGGGAGAAGUCCAGGCAGGGGCUGCUCUCGCCCUGUCUCCAGAGACCUUCAGGCAUCGGCAGUCACAUCUCUUACACCUUCCACCCCUCAGUACUCCGCAGACCAAAUGCCUUUGUCUUUAGUUAGUCCCCUCCCACCAUGGUGUCUAUGCCCAGGUUCAUCCAUGUUGCCCUGAAAGGGCUGUGUCCAGAAUGAGCAGGCCACGCUUCCUUGAGGGUUAUGGCCCUAUUGCCUCCUUUGCCUCAUUCCAGCCCUUGCCCUGGACUAAGGUCGUACUAGUGUGCUCUAAGCAGCAUAGUUUCCUACCAUGGACACUUGGAUGGCAUCAGCUUUUGAUAGCUGUCCCUCAUGGUUAGCACAUUAAACCAGCAGCAAGUUCAAACUACAAGCCUCGGUCAUCAUCCGAGACUGCUGUCACCUACAUUUGAGUGAUGGGUCUGACCGUAGGUACUGUGCGCUUAAUCCUUCGCUAUUCUGCUCUUCCUUUUAGGUCAACCUUACAACUUAUUUUAAGAUAGUAGCUGAUCGGGCGGCGCCUGUGGCUCAGUCGGUAAGGUGCCGGCCCCAUAUACCGAGGGCAGCGGGUUCAAACCCGGCCCCGGCUGAACUGCAACCAAAAAAAAAAAAAAAAAAAAAUAGCUGGGUGUUGUGGUGGGCGCCUGUAGUCCCAGCUACUCGGGAGGCUGAGGCAGGAGAAUCGCCUAAGCCCAGGAGUUGGAGGUUGCUGUGAGCUGUGUGAGGCCACGGCACUCUACUGAGGGCAAUAAAGUGAGACUCUGUCUCUACAAAAAAAAAAAAAAAGAUAGUAGCUCUGAUCAGUUAACAUCUUACUAAGCAAGGUGGAGAAUGUACUAUUGGGAAAUACAAACGUAUGUUGCUUUAAAAAAAUAUCCCCAGGUGGGGCACUGGUCCCAUAUGCUGGAGGUGGCAGGUUCAAACCUAGCCCUGGCCAAAAACUGCAAAAAAAAAAAAUGUCCCCUUCUGUGUUCUUCCACUUCUGUCUGGAUUGUGCUGUGAAAGUUCUAGACUUAGUAGUACUGACUUCUUUUGGUGCAUGACUUCCGGGUUCCAGAGCAUGCCUCAGGCAGGCAUCAGAGGUCCUGGAGCAGCUCUAUUUGAAGUUUCCUUCACUAUGAAUAGGUUCCUGAUUCCUAAUGACAGUAACUUGAAAAGAAAGUUAUACUGUGUACUACUGAUCCUAUUUUAAGAUAAUGAAAUGGCUAAGAAAUGUUGAUUAUAACUUUUAUUUUUUAAUGUACACAUGUAAUGCCUCCCAUUGAACACCAAGAGAAUUUAUUUUUCUUUCUGUGGUUUACAAUCACUUUUGUGGAGAUAAAUACUUCUUAAGUGUAUAAAACUCUUUUCCUUCCCACAUGUUUAGUGUGACCUUUAAUUUUGGUCAUUAAGUGUGCAAUAUUCACUUAUUCAUUGUUCGGCAUUUUACAUGUUCAUACAAAUGACAAGUUUUUACAUGAUGGUGAGAAACAGGAAGAAAUGAGAAUUGGUUAAGUAAACUUCUGCAAAUAAACUAGAUUCAAAUUUAA